CCUCUUUUGGUUGAUAGGCCCGAUAACCCUAUCAGAUACGGCGCACAACUGCACUACCGAAACCAGGAGGAGGAGAAGACGGUGCUUCGAAGCAGUCUCGAAUUGAAUCUCCUUCGACUUCGACUGUUGCGCUUUGAAACCGCAUCAAUACGAUCCUGCAUCUGCUGUUCGGUAUUAAGGUUUCUUACUGCAAUGGCUGCUGAUACAUCUUCCCAAGAUCAAAGGAAACGCACUUUGGAGGCCUUGAACCGGAGGUUUGCUGUUGCAGAAGCUGAGCUUCUCCAACAGAAAAAGAAGAAUGGGAGCAAACCAGUUGGAGAAGAUGCAAAAGUAAACAAUAGUGUGAACUUCUCUCCUAUGGUUCCUUCUACACGUUCAACAGAUACACAAUUGACCACCUCCUUCACUACCUCAGCCAAUAAAGGAAAAGGGCGUUCUUUAGGUCACACUGCUUUGCAAGAUGCGGAAGAAAAUGGUCCUGCAUAUUUUCCACUUUCCCAUCCUGUACAUGAGAACCUAUUGACAACCAAUGUCGAGUAUCGCGAUACAAGAGGAAGCUUCGUUCAUAAGUUUGUUCAUGAGCUUCUUCAAAAGGGUGAUUCAGCUCAGAAGUUCAUGCAAGGGUCCCGAAGUAUAAAAAUUGAUAAUUGGAUCCUUCUUGAUAAUUAUGUACAUGGACGUGGCAGCUUGACUAGCUCUCGUAUGAUGGCCUUGCAAAGCCACUCAAAGCGCUCGAAAAGGCACAUGUCCGUGAAGCAGCAUAAAAAAUGUGGAUCGUUUGAUUUGCCUCAACAUCUCCAAAAGUAUGAUGUUUUUAAGCCAAUGAAUGAGAUGUGGAAAGACUACAUGAUGCAACUUGUCAAAACUUCUGGGAAGAAUCAGUUAGCACAAUGUCUUCUCAAUGCAGAUCUACAUGGUGCUUAUAUUCUAGUUGCUGAGUCUAAGAUAACUGCUUUCACUGGAGUCAGUGGCAUUAUAGUUCGUGAAACUGCACAAGCUUUUGCAAUUAUCACGCAAGAAAACAAAUUUCGAGUUGUACCCAAAAAAGCUUCUGUGUUUAUAUGCCUAGUUGAUUGCUGGAAAAUUACAUUGAUCGGAGACAAACUUACUUCAAGAAAAUUGGGCUCGUAACUGUCAAAUUUUUAUUCCAUAGGUAAUUUAUAGUGGAUUAGGACUAUAUGAUGUCAAGUUCUUCGGUAUAUCCAAUUCCACUUGGAGGUGCCACGUGGACCGGUGGCAAAUUUUGAUAUGAUGACUAGCCAAUGAGAGAAUUCUAAUGAUCGACUGUCAGAGCAUAUUGAUCAGACAGGAAGGAGGGAAUCUUGGCCCACAAUUCACCUGUUGCUUCAUAGUUUUGAAGUGAUCUCUGGUAUCUUCAUUUUAAAACACUGCAAAAUUUUGAACAUUGUAGUUAUAUUUCUGUUUUGACAGACGGAUGUUUUUUCUUUGUUAGCUACCCAAUCUUUGAGGGGUGAUGUCUAAAUGCUAGGUUUGCAUGAGUUACUUUCCAUGCCAUAAUAUAAUUCUGCAAGGUUUCCUGGACCUAGUUAUUGGUUUGCAUAUCCCCAGCUUAUUUGAGUAAAUAACUACAUUCUGUUUAUCCUGAUCUCAGGGCUAAAA